AUGGAACGCACCACUCAGCAAGCUUCUGACGGUAUCAACCCACUCACGGCCAGUGGGAUAGAACACAACAAACAAGAAUGCGACACGAAUAUUGAAAUCCUCCACCAGGCAAAUCAUCCAUCCGAGAACGUGUCUGACGCUACGGAUGCCUUCACUUCCAGCGAGUUUGAGGCAAUCAAGAACCGCCAUAAGGAAUGGUGGGGUAGAUUGAAGGCGAAGAAUACAGGUCCAUUAUCUGAGGCCACGAAUGCCCUUACAACGAGUGAAAUUAAACAAUCAGAUACUCGAUCGAAGAAAGAAAAUGCAAACGAUGGAAGUCAUGCUUUGAGCCAUGACUUGCUUCAACAAGGAGAAGCCAGCGAACACGGCUCUCCCAUAAGCUCGCACGCAUCAAACGAAAGCAUCGCCACCGACAAGACAAGUAGCAGCACGCAAACCGGACUUCUGGAGCAAUGCGGACCGGGCAUUAAAAGGGCCACGCUCAGAUUGAAUACAAAGAGUCUAAUAGAAGUCAGCGUGCAAGCUAUUGGAUUGUCAGUAACGGAUGCUCUCUACACUGCCAGGGAAGAACUCGUUCUUACCCAGUCACAACAUGAUUUUGGGUUUAAACUGCAGGUCAGGUCAUCGUACCAGAACCAGAAAGGCCACCCCCACAAGACUCAGAGGAAAACCUGUAUGGACCUCAUCUUCGAUCCUAAUAGUGACGUGAUACUUUUGUGCAACACGACAGGAUUGAGCGCGAGGGAGUCGAUUAUCAUUAGGCAGCUACCACUCUCUCGCCAGAACAUGCCCACUAAUCUCGGGUUUAUGGGAAGAGUUGCUCUUAACGUCUCUUCAUAUGGUAUCUACAUUUCGAAGGAGCAUAUUUUCGACAUAACCAUUCUCCCGCGCCGCUAUAUCUCGUUCAUCACGGAGCCUCGCAAUCAGCCGAGAAGGACCAACAAGAGAUCAUUCGAGCCAUCAUCGUCACAGCAAGAUUCAACAGCAAAUAAAAGAGCGAAAUUAAAGGAGACAAGCGAAGAGUCAAGUGCUUCUACCAUCUUCGAGACAGCGCCGACUCACCCGCUGAUCGACGAGCCCGCUUUUCUAAGCACGUUAUCAAAUGUCAGCAAUACUGAUAUAAGCGUCGUUUCCGGCCUGUGUCAUCCGCUAGAAGAACUUCAGCUUGAUGAUACCUUAAAGAUAGUCAGUGCCACCAGGGAGGAGGACUAUGAGCUUACUCGCAGGGCUGAUCUAUCAGUCCAAAGAAACUCACUUGUUUACAAGGCCCAUCAUUCGAAAAUUCCGGGGAGGCUGGUGGUCGUUAAAAUAUGGCGAAGCAAGCUGGAUUUUACUGCAGAUUCCGCUUCAGCUUUGAACGUCUCGUCUGUCGGUAGAUAUUGGUUGAAUGAAGUAAAAAACCAUUUCGAAAUAGGCCUACAUCCCGCUAUUGCAACUUGUUAUGCCGCUGACGCAAGAUUGCUAUCGGUUUAUAUAGAGUAUAUUAAUGCGCCUAACUUGCUAUUUUACUGCGAACGUCGCAGAAACACUUAUUGCAAAUUAGACUACAGCGACGCUAGGCGAGUACUUUAUAGUAUGGCUGACGCCCUGAGCUUCAUCCACAGAAAGGGAGUUACACAUGAUGAUAUCAAGCCGGCGAAUAUCCUCUACUCAAAGGAUAGAGGCCCAGUCCUCAUCGAUUUUGGGUGGUCAUCUACAGGAGAUGGACAUUGCGCCGGAUCACCGUGGUAUAUACCGCCCGAAUACAAGCAGAGCGGCAAGCGUGGCUCCCCCGGCGAUAUAUUUGCCUUUGGCGUCGUUAUGCUUUUUCUCUUGCGUCUGAUUCCGCUCCCGGAGUUACAAUCACCGCCCCUGAGGUGGCAAAUUUCUCAUCUGAGAAAGGUUGGCCCAGAUGCUCGCAAGGCCAUAGAUAAAAUGAAUCAAUGGCUAGAAAUAGUCGACAGAGCCACAGACAAGCUUAAUAAUGUUCCGGAUAAUGUUUCGGAUAAAUCUGUUGGAUAUGUUGUAGGUAUGGUUCAAGGCAUGUUAGACUUUGAGCCCGGAACCAGGAUUUCAGCGCACGAGUUGUUUCAUGAUCUUCGAGAGUUGUAA